CUCGCUUUAAAAAUUAAAUGCUCACUUGAAAGUCCGAAUGGAUAUCCACAUCUCUGGAGGAAUAAAUACACACAGGAUUUUGAUGCAAGGGAGUUAAAAUGCAACGGCGAAGACGCAUAAAUCCAAAGGAGGAUGCAAAAUUUUACGUUACUGCUGGAAGGGACAAAGUGGGGCUUGACAUCCAAUACAUCGAUGCCUUCAAGGGACGUGGCAUCUUCUCAACUACUCCUUUUGAAAAAGGAGACUUUUUGCUGGAGUAUCGAGGUGAACUAAUAAACAAGCAGGAAUGUGAGAAGAGACAGAGGCUUUACCACAGCAGUCUUAAAGUGUUCAUGUUCGAGUUUCGUUUUAAUGGAAAGCUGUGGUGUGUUGACGCUGCAAAAGAGGAUGGAUCCCUUGGAAGACUUGUAAAUGAUGACCAUAUCAACCCAAACACCAAGAUGAAGUACUUCAGUGUGCAAGGAAGGCCUCAUCUGUGUCUGUUUGCAAUACGGGACAUAAGUCCAGGAGAGGAGAUCACCUACAAUUACGGUGACUCAGAUUGGCCAUGGAGGAGCAAGGCUCUUGACGAGAAAACAAAUCAAGAAAUUCCCAAGACCACAAAUUCCACAUCAACAAAUGGAACCGUUGAACAGAUGACCAGUGACGGAAGCCAGACUGCAAUGAUCAUGAGCGCCGUGAGCCAGACGAGGCCAGUGCUUGACCUAGUCACCAGAGUUGAAAAGGAUCUCGAUGAGGAAAUGCCUCAGGAAAGUCCAGAGACCACAAAUUCCUCAUCAACGAAAGAAGUUGUUGAACAGGUGACAAGUGAGAAAAGCCAGAUUGAGAGGACUGUGAGUGGCCUGAAUCAGACAAGUCCAGUGUUGGAUGUCCUCCCUGUGUUUGGACAGGCUCUUGACGAGAAAACAAAUCAAGAAAUUCCCAAGACCACAAAUUCCACAUCAACAAAUGGAACCGUUGAACAGAUGACCAGUGACGGAAGCCAGACUGCAAUGAUCAUGAGCGCCGUGAGCCAGACGAGGCCAGUGCUUGACCUAGUCACCAGAGUUGAAAAGGAUCUCGAUGAGGAAAUGCCUCAGGAAAGUCCAGAGACCACAAAUUCCUCAUCAACGAAAGAAGUUGUUGAACAGGUGACAAGUGAGAAAAGCCAGAUUGAGAGGACUGUGAGUGGCCUGAAUCAGACAAGUCCAGUGUUGGAUGUCCUCCCUGUGUUUGGACAGGCUCUUGACGAGAAAACAAAUCAAGAAAUUCCCAAGACCACAAAUUCCACAUCAACAAAUGGAACCGUUGAACAGAUGACCAGUGACGGAAGCCAGACUGCAAUGAUCAUGAGCGCCGUGAGCCAGACGAGGCCAGUGCUUGACCUAGUCACCAGAGUUGAAAAGGAUCUCGAUGAGGAAAUGCCUCAGGAAAGUCCAGAGACCACAAAUUCCUCAUCAACGAAAGAAGUUGUUGAACAGGUGACAAGUGAGAAAAGCCAGAUUGAGAGGACUGUGAGUGGCCUGAAUCAGACAAGUCCAGUGUUGGAUGUCCUCCCUGUGUUUGGACAGGCUCUUGACGAGAAAACAAAUCAAGAAAUUCCCAAGACCACAAAUUCCACAUCAACAAAUGGAACCGUUGAACAGAUGACCAGUGACGGAAGCCAGACUGCAAUGAUCAUGAGCGCCGUGAGCCAGACGAGGCCAGUGCUUGACCUAGUCACCAGAGUUGAAAAGGAUCUCGAUGAGGAAAUGCCUCAGGAAAGUCCAGAGACCACAAAUUCCUCAUCAACGAAAGAAGUUGUUGAACAGGUGACAAGUGAGAAAAGCCAGAUUGAGAGGACUGUGAGUGGCCUGAAUCAGACAAGUCCAGUGUUGGAUGUCCUCCCUGUGUUUGGACAGGCUCUUGACGAGAAAACAAAUCAAGAAAUUCCCAAGACCACAAAUUCCACAUCAACAAAUGGAACCGUUGAACAGAUGACCAGUGACGGAAGCCAGACUGCAAUGAUCAUGAGCGCCGUGAGCCAGACGAGGCCAGUGCUUGACCUAGUCACCAGAGUUGAAAAGGAUCUCGAUGAGGAAAUGCCUCAGGAAAGUCCAGAGACCACAAAUUCCUCAUCAACGAAAGAAGUUGUUGAACAGGUGACAAGUGAGAAAAGCCAGAUUGAGAGGACUGUGAGUGGCCUGAAUCAGACAAGUCCAGUGUUGGAUGUCCUCCCUGUGUUUGGACAGGUGAGCACGACGAAUCAAGUCAGCGCAAGUCAGUUGGCUCCAGCUGUCAACAUUGAAACGUGUUUACAACAUAGCCUGGUGUGCACAACAGUGUCCUCCUUAGACAAGUGCUUGCAGUGUCUGGGCCCUGUGUCUUCCUUCAAGUGGCUUGGCUAUAAAUGCAGAGUUUGUUCACAGGUCUGGCAUAAAUCCUGUAUCAGACAAAUUACAAAUCAUCCAGACCUUUUACGGGAUCAACAGUCUGCUGAAUGUUCCGGGGAUCAGUUGUCAUCAGAUCAGAAUAUCAAUAGAUUAUGUUCAGAACAGGAGCCAAAAUCAGAUGAUGAUGAACACUAUUCUGAUGAGGAUUACGUACCAGACACAGCAGAUGAAGAAGACGAAGAUGAAGAUGAAGAUGCAAGGAUGCCCUUUAUGUCUCGUCACUUGAAAGCCCAACAGCCAACAUCAAAUGCAGAAGACACAAGCAUCGCAGUUGUCCCUAGUACAUCAAAAUGUUGGCUGCCUCUCGAAGAUUGUGCGAGUUCCAGUGGUGUUGAAACAUCAGAUUCAGCUCAUGGUGUCGAGCAGUCAUCGAAGGAUAAACCAGAGGAUGAAGAAAAGCUUCAGAGACCAGAAUCAACACUUCUGACAAUGAGCUCUAAAAAUUAUUGUUAUGUCUGUGGUAAACCACAAAGCAAAAUUUCACGGCACUUGAAAACACAUACAACACAUGCUGAAAUAGCAUAUGCAUUCUCCCUCCCUGAGAACUCCAAAGAGCGUAAAAUGUUAUUCGAAAAAAUGAGAAAUAAGGGAAAUUUUCAACAUAACAGUGCAGUUUUACAAGAUGGGACAGGGCCACUGAAAGUGAAAAGAAGACCAAAAGUUCCAGAAAUGACGGGAAAGUUCAUUCACUGUAUGUAUUGCAAAGGACUGUUUGUUCGUAAAGAACUGUGGAGACAUGUCCGCAAAUGCUCCUGCAAGCCAGAAAGUGAAGACUUGGAUAAAGAACCUGGUAGAACCAAAGUACUGGGUUUGGCUGCAGCGCAAGAGUCUGCAUCCUGUCAGCAGAUGUCAAGUGGAGUGUGGAAGCUUCUUAGUGUCAUGAAACAAGAUGAGAUCGCCUCAGUUGUGCGAAAUGACUUCUCUAUCGUCCAGUUUGCCCAGUCACUCUACAACAGGCAUGGACAAGACCCCACAAAGUAUGAAUACAUACGACAGAAGCUCCGUGAAGUGGGUCGUCUGUUGUUAUGUCUGCGGACAGAAUUUUCCAUACAUAAUCUGGAGGAGGCUAUCAAACCUGCCAACUUCCAAAGAAUUGUGCAAGCAGUGAAGAAAGUAUCGGGUUUUGAUGAAGAGCGUCUCUCUUUCCAAACACCAAGCCUUGCCCUGAAAUUGGGACAUACACUACGCAAAAUCUGUGACAUUAUCCAUUGCCGGGCCCUCAUGGCUGAAGAUGAAGAAUUGAUCAAGUCCACUGAAACCUUCAAGAAAUUGCACACCUCCAAAUGGUCAGAGUUAGUGUCUCACAAGGCCCUGAGUACACUGAGUGAUGCAAAGUAUAACAAACCAUCUACAUUACCCUUCACUCAAGAUGUUCAGAUUCUUCACAAGCACUUGGAGAAAACUGCAGAAAGAGCUGUCAGUGACUUGAAGGAGGAGGCCACCACCCAGAAUUAUGCUCAGCUUGCAAAAGUUACUCUGGCACAAAUUAUUGUGUUCAAUCGUCGACGAGCUGGGGAGGUUUCAAAAAUGCGCCUCAAAAGUUUUCAGGAGGGAGACACCACACAGCUUCAUGAAGAUGUUGCCAUGGGGUUGUCAAAGAUUGAACAAAAGCUCUGCAACUAUUUCAGGAGAAUUGAAAUCAUGGGAAAAAGAGGCAGAAAAGUUGCAGUUCUGCUCACACCAAGUGUAGUUGAUGCUCUGUCACUCCUGACCAGUAAAAGAACUGAAUGUGGCGUUAGUCCCACAAAUGUCUUCCUGUUUGCAAGACCCAAGGCAAUGAGCUACUACAGAGGACAGGACUGUUUGCGUAUUCAUGCAGACAUGUGUGGAGCAAAGCACCCUGAGCACCUCAGGUCCACACAACUCAGGAAACAUGUUGCCACGCUAUCACAAGUCCUUAAUCUAAAAAACAACGAACUUGAUCAAGUUGCAGACUUUCUGGGUCACGAUAUCCGAGUUCACAGAGAUUUCUACAGAUUACCAGUUCCCACCACUCAGCUUGCCAAGGUUUCCAAACUGCUUCUGUCAAUGGAAAAAGGACGUCUCUCUGGUCUGCAAGGGAAAUCCCUGGAUGAGAUUGAACUUGAAGAUGAAAUUGCGUUGAGUGAUGCUGAGGCCGAGGAUAGUGAGAGCGAGUCAGAUGACAACGGUACAACAUUCACAUUGCACUGUGGAAAUAUCAAGCCUGUGGAUGCUGCAUCUGUUUCUGCAUUAGCAGAGGAGGCUCAUGACACUGAAGGUUCUGGACUGGCAUCCACAGUGUCAUCCACAGUGGAUGAGACCACCCUACCCUCUGAAGGCAACGAUGCUGCUCAACAACGGGAUUCCAGAAGAAUAACAAAGAGAACGUGGUCUAAGGCUGAAGUUGCUGCAGUAAUGCGACAUUUCAGAGAUCACAUAUCUAAAGGAAAAUUGGCCACCAAAAAUGAAUGCAGUCACUGCAAGCUGGUAGAAGAUCCUGUGUUAGCCCAGAGAACAGUGCAAAAUAUCAGAGACUUUGUGAGAAAUCGAGGAACAGCUGCAAAGAGGCAGCCACAGAAGCAUAAGCUUUAAGUUCAUUUGCGGUAACGAUGCUGCUGAACAACGGGAUUCCAGAAGAAUAACGACCGUGUUAGCCCAGAGAACAGUGCAAAAUAUCAGAGAUGUUGUGAGACACCGAGGAACAGCUGCAAAGAGGCAGCCACAGAAGCAUUAGCUUUAAGUUCAUUUGCAGUUAUUCUCGUGUUAUUUUUCUGUUGCCUUAAUGUUUCAUAACAGCCAGUUGAGUGCAGUUGUUUUUAUUUGUCUGCACACUUUUUCGCACUUUUCUUGGAUUUUGACUGUUGUGUAUUUUAAGUUUUGUAGACAGAUGUUUAAGUGCAAUUUUACUUUUUUCGGAUAAUAAACCGACUGUUCCAUUAAUGUUGUGUGCAGUCAGGUCUGGUGUAUAAGGUGGGUGUGUAUUUAUGCUAAUGAGGUACUGACAUCAUUGUCCCUUUAAAGUCCCCAUAGUGCUUUAUUUUGGUUCUUAUAAGUCACAUAUUUGUCAAGAAGAGAAAUGUCUUCACAAACCACCAUAAUUUUAGGUAGGUGUGUAUAGAGUUACGUAGCUCGUACCUGAAACCUAAAGUGAGCUAAAUUUUUUUCAGAUUUUUUACAGCAUUUUAAUCCAUCUCCCGUUGCUCUAGCACCUUGGGAAAGGGUAGCCGGCCUAAACCACCACCGGGCGGGUUUGGCGAAACUGUCCGUCUAGCCCUUAUA